AUGAAAUACCUUCUGUGCGUCAUCCUCGCGGCCGUCGCCCUGAGCGCAGUGUCCGCCGGCUACAUUCGCAGCGGCUGGUACCCCAGCAGCGGUUACGGUGGUGGCUACGGUAGCGGCUACAGCGGUGGCUACAGCGGAUACGGCGGCUAUGGUGGCUGGAGCGGUGGCUACAGCCGCCCGCUGGUGGUUUCAUCCAGCUACGGCGGUGGCUACGGAGGUGGCUGGUCCCGAGGGGGCUGGUGGUAA